AUGGACUGGAUAGCCUCGUUUCCAGUGACACGGCAUGUGCUGGAGUACACGAAAAAACAGCUCUGCCAGGUGUUGAGGAGCGGAAGCGUGCCGCAGCACGUCGGGUUCAUCAUGGACGGCAACCGCAGAUACGCCAGGAUGAACAAGAUGGAGACCAAGGAGGGCCACAGCGCCGGGUUCGACACCAUGGCCCGGCUGCUCGAGGUGUGCUACGACUGCGGCGUGCAGGCGGCGACGGUGUUUGCAUUUUCGAUCGAGAACUUCAGCCGCAGCGAGUACGAGAUCGAGUGGCUCAUGAAGCUGGCCAAGUCCAAAAUGAAACAGGUGGUGGAAAACGGCGAGCUGUGCCACAAGUACGGCGUCAAAAUCCGCAUUCUGGGCAACCUCAAGCUGCUGCCCGCCGACGUGCGCGAGUCGCUGCUCGAGGCGCAGGAAAUGACGAAAAACAACGAGCGCGCAGUGCUCAACAUCUGCUGUCCGUACACAGCCAGAGACGAUAUCACGCAUUCGAUAAAAAAUAUUAUAGCGAGGGGCUACGACCCAGAAGACAUCACGCAGGACCUUGUGAGCGAACACCUGUACACGGGCGGCGUCCCCAAGCUGCAGCUGCUCAUACGAACGUCCGGCGUGUACAGACUGAGCGACUUCAUGCUCUGGGAGACCGUCGACGUGGACUGCGACGUCGAGAUCCUGUCUGUGCUCUGGCCGCAGUUCACGCCGCUGCUGAUGCUGUGGAUCCUGUUCAAAUGGGGGUGGAACAGGACCGGCCGCGCACGCAGAAACAAACGGCUGCUCGAAAACCACGGCAAGGACGACUAG